GUCGCCUCUUGUUUACCUUUUUUGCGUGUUCACAAUGUCGUCAAAUAGGAAACGUGUGAUUAUAAUUAAAGAAAAGUUGAAGAAAUUAGAGGAAAUCUCUACAAGUGGGAGUGACCAGGAUAUAGAACCCCGUAGAAAGAGAAUUCGCCGCAUAAGUGUUUCCUCAUCAGAUUCGGUUCACAGCGAUGUUAAUCAGGGUAAUAUCGUAGAGGUCGAUGUUCACAGAGAAGCAGAACUUUCUCCAAUACCCUCUGAUAAAAUAGAUAGUAUAAAUAAAAUACUGGGAACUGAUCCAUCCAUGCCUAAGGUUAUGGGCAAGCCAGUGAGUGAUCAGGUGGCCUCUAGGCUAAAUUAUUACGCAACCAAUGGGAUGUCUAGCGAUGAAAAAGAAAAAAUAAGACUCGCGUGGCCAACACCUGAAAACUGCCUCUCUUUCAACUCACCUACCUUAAAUCCAGAGAUUUUAGCACUUCUUUCGCCUACCGAUCAGAAAUAA